AUGGAUAAAUUCAAGUUGAGUUGUACCUUGAAUGGUCAUGAACAAGAUGUGAGAAGUGUUGUUUCACCUUUUAAUGAAACGAUUAUCUCGGGACUGAGAGAUGGUACUGUGAGAGUUUGGCAGGAAGAUGAAGCGAAGGGAUGGUCUACACCAGCUAUUACAGGUGUGUUGGCAUUCAAUUCACCAGAUAAUUCGUUUGUUAACAGUGUGACGUACGUUGAUAAUGGAAAUGAGCCAUUGGUGGCUUCAGGAGGUAAGGAUUGCAUUAUAUAUUUGAGUGAUCUCAAUCCGGAGGCCAAUGUGGCAGGAUCUAUGCCCGAAGAAUACGUGAAGUAUCAAUUGGUAGGCCACGAGAGUAAUGUGUGUUCGUUGCACCACCAGGGACAGUAUUUGAUAUCGGGAUCAUGGGAUGCGACGUCGAAAGUCUGGGAUCUCGAGUCGAUGUCUGUGAAAUUCAAUUUGACGGGCCACGAGUCGUCUGUUUGGGACGCCAAAGUUGUGGAUGCAUCGAAGGAUAUAUUCUUGACUUGUUCGGCUGACAGAACCAUACGUAAAUGGCUUGGAGACCGGGAAAUUUGGAGCAUUCCGGGCCAUGGCGAUGUUAUCAGAAAGUUGCUUAUAUUGCCAGGAGGAAAGCAAUUUGCUUCUUGUUCUAAUGAUUGUACGAUUAAAAUUUGGGAUUUGGAAACUGGCAGGGCCUUGCAAACGUUGACAGGGCAUGAUUCGUUUGUCUACGAUCUAGGAAUAUUGCCUAAUGGUGAUAUAGUUUCUUCUGCAGAGGACAGAACUGUCCGUGUUUGGAGAGACGGUAAUGUGAUACAGGCCAUUACCUUGCCAUGUAUUUCAGUGUGGUGUUUAGGAGUUUUACCAAACGGUGAUUUUGUUGUGGGUGGUUCAGAUAAUAAAUUAAGAAUCUUUUCAAGAGAAUCCUCCAGGAUAGCACCGGCUGAAGAAUUGAAAGAGUUUGCAGAAUCUGUUCAACAAUCUAGUAUUGCAGAACAAUCCGUCGACGACUUGAAAAAAACUGACAUUCCUGGAUAUGAUGCAUUACUGCAGCCUGGAAAACAAGAGGGUUCUACCAUAAUGGUCAAAAAUCCAAACGGAACCAUCGAAGCUCACCAGUGGUCUGGUGGUGAAUGGGUUAAAAUUGGUGACGUUGUUGGCUCUGCAGGAAAUUCAGGAGGGAAACAGGAAUUUGAUGGUAAGCAAUGGGAUUACGUAUUUGACGUAGAUAUUGAGGACGGAGCUCCUCCAUUAAAAUUGCCUUAUAAUACAAAUGAAAAUACAUAUGCGGCAGCCGAAAGGUUUUUAGCUGCAAAUGAAUUGCCCGCUACCUACACGGAAGAUGUUGUCCGGUUUAUUAUGAAGAAUACAGGGGGGGUUGAAUUAGGCCAACAGUCUAGCUCGAGCGAUAAUCCAUACGCGGACAAACAUCCAACACCUCCACCCGCUCAAGCAAAUACAAACUUGUCAGUCAUUCCUCAAAGACAAUUUAUUUUCUUCAAGGAUUUUAAAAGCGAUCAGUUGAUUAAGGGGUUGACGAAAUUCAACGAAGAACAGGAAGCAGAGAACAAAUUUGCAAACGAAGAAAUAUCUCAAAUUAAGUCUAAUUUAAGUAUAUUGAAUUCCAAAGAAGCAUUAGAAUUAAUUACAAUUUACCUUCCAAAGAUUUUCAAUAAAUGGUCUGAGAAAUCACGUCUUAUUGGAUAUGAUAUAUUGAGAAUCAGUGUUCCUCGUGUUACGACUGCUGAUUUAUUAAGGUCUACUGAUGCAGCAGAAAUAAUUUUAAAUGCUGUGAACUCUGGAUUGAAAGUUGUAAAUGGGUCCAAUUUACCGCUUUUCAUGAUGCUUUUGAAAGUUCUCAAUAAUCUAGUAAACAACACCUUAUUCAUUCAGCUAUACAUUACAGCAAAUGAUAAUGGUCUGGUAUUAUAUAACGAAUUUUUUGAUGAGUUGUUGGUUAGAUUGACUAAAUUGAUUACAUCUGUUUCAAAGGAUUCCGCAGCUUUACAGAAUAAGCAUUUCAGCACCACUGUUACUACGUUGGCUACGUUCGUGUACAACUUGUCGGUUUACCAACUUCAGAAUACAUCGUUGAAAUCAAAUCCAGCCAGUGCAAAACCAGUGUUAGAGUUUGCCACUGAAGUUGGAGAAAUAUUAGUGGAAUCAAGUUCUGAAGCUGCCUACAGACUAGUCAUUGGGUACGGUAAUUACAAAUUUUCCAAAGCAACCAUCGCUCCUCCAAAGUGGAUUGCAACUGCCAAGGACCUCUACGUCACUAAAAGCAACGAAAAAAGGUUCAUUGACUUAGCUAGCGAUAUACAAAAGUUAUAA